AUGGCCCAGUGCCUCGCCCAGGCGCAGGGCGCGGCGAUCCAGGCCGUCGACGACGGCGAUGUGAUCAUGGAGGUCGAGUUCCCGCCGCUGCCCGCGGACACCAGGGCCGCGAAAGGGUGCUCCGACCUCGGCCGCGACGUGUCGGCCGCCAACACGAAGCUCGCGGUCAAGUUCGCCGCGGCCUUCGCGGAGCGGCGCGGGAAGCGCGUCGCCAUCAUGUACCCGGACACGGCGGAGCUCGAGCGCGCCGUCGAGGACAGCGGCACGGACGAGCCCGCGCCGGGCGUGAAGCUCCACUCGCUCCGGAAGCCGUUCAACGAGGCCGAGUCGCUCGACCAGGCCUUCCUCGGCUUCUUCGGCAAGGGCAAGAAGAACAUCAAGGCGCUGCCCGACGACGCCGACGUCUACGUCUGCCUCACCUUCUCCGCGCAGGAGCUGCCCGACGUCGAGUACCUCUGCGAGCUCGAAUCGUUCGGCAAGCCCGUGAUCCUCUUCAACCUCAAGCUCGACACGCAGCGCGGCGACCUGGGCCUGCCGGCCUUCCCGCCGAAAGAUCUCCAGUGGCGCUUCCUGAGCCGCGUGAAGCCCGUCUACUACCUCCGCACGCGCCAGUACUCGCUGAGCCUGCCGCAGCCGCCGUUCGUCGUCAACUACCAGGGCGCGAUCUUCCGCUGCUACCCGGGCAAGUACCAGUGCCUCCUCGACACGGGCAAGACCUACCGCGCCGUCGACGUCUCGGCGCGGCGCCCGGCGCUCGGCGAGUUCAAGGACAUCCUCACGGACGCGCUCAAAAUCGGCGAGAACAACAAGGCCGCGCGCUUCGCCCGCUCGGGCUACAAGUCCAUCACCUGGUGGGAGGAAGACAAGAAGUCCGAGGAGCUCCACGAGACCUGGCGGCAGUAA